AUGACUGUCGGCAACGUGGCGAUCCAUCAGUACAUGUCACUUCGGGAUGCGGAGACCGACGCGACUCACGCUCCUGCCGGUACUGGUCGCCAACCUGCGCUGCGGUGGGAGCAACACCGUAUUUCUCAGACAUCGUGGAGAGUGGGCUGGGGAUGGACGGUGAAGGGGCGUAAAAAUAUAAGGGAGCUCGAGGGCGAGAGAAAGAAAGAUGAACAGCAAGGCACUCGAGUACGGUCGAAGAGUAGGGCGAAAGAGAAACGAACCCAGGCGGGUGCUGUGUGUGCAGAAGACGGAUGGAGCAGGGCGUGCCCGUCUGCGGAGGCGGUGCAAGCGGACCUGGGGCGGUCGCGUGUGCCCCCACGAGAAAAGGUCUCCGACAGAUGCGCAAGGGCACGGAACGAGCGCCCGUGGCGGCGGACGCCAGUUGGGGCGCGGACCUCUGGCGAACUCGGGCGUGGGGCGGUGCAGCACGCUCUGGAGGGCGAGGGCUGCUACUCGGGCAUGUUUGUUCGUGUCGCAUCCGGCAUCUGCGACACCCGGCAUGAUGAUGAUAAACAGCUGGAGGCGGGCAUGAGCGCCCGUCCGCUUGCGCUUGCGUGCUCCUUCUUACAGGGGACGAACUUCGAUCUCACAGAGCAAGAGGUACAGCGUAUGUCAGGGUGCGGUGCUGCCGUAUCAGCGCGGCGAUGGGAGAGGCAUCGCAGAGCAUCAUCGCGCGCGGACUGCGGCCUGGUGAACGGAUUUCGGAGGGAUGCGGCUUGGUCAGAUGGAUACUACGAAAGCCGUCCACGGGGGUGUAACAGAGCCGUUGACCACGAGAUCCGAGAAGUCGCCCUUGCACGGGAAGAGGUGUGCGGAAGCGCCAGAGUCAAAAAGAAUGGGGAAGACCCAAGGGCGGCGACACGCGGUGUCUCCGUCGGUGAGGGCGCUGUACUCGAACGCAUCGGCCGGAGAGAGCAGCGCCGAAGCCCAGUGAUCGACAGGAACCAGAGAGUCGACGGCGAGACCAGCGCACUCAGCGGAGGGAGACUUAGCGGCGAAAGAGGACGCCAUGGUGUCGGUGUACAUAGCGUCCCCGGUGUCGGACACCCUGAACGCGCGACCAGCGGGAUCGCGAAGAACUUGCUGGAAGCAGUCGGAGACGUCGUGGCCGGUCAUUCCGCAAUUGGAGCAAGUCUUGCAGGGCUCGUGCAAGCGGUGCCGCCGGCCACCGGCCACCCCUGGUGGACGUGUGUGUUGCGUGUCGUACCUGUACGCCCGAACAGCGUCAGAAGGGCCUACUCGGCAGAGACCAGCGUUGUCAGACCGGUGCAGCACUGUGGGCUAUUGUGGGGCUUGAUAGGAGUGACAAGGAUGCUGUUGGUCCGGGUGCCUCGAUCCAAAGGGACAGAUGUGAUAUUCAGUACUGGGAGCAUGAUCUACCAUGAUGAAAAGUGCGGUGCUGGCCGUGUCAGCGCGCGAGGCGAUGGGGAGAGGCAUCGCGGCGCUUCAUCGCGCGCCGGCUGCUGGGUUGGAGGGAUGCGGCCCGAUCAGCGCCGUGCGUCGUCGGGCGCGGGGCCCCCGGGCGAUCGCGCGUCACGGUCAACGACGGGUGCGACUUGCCCAUCAAUGCAGUGUAUCUCGUACUGUGCUGCACGGCACCCCGCGACCAAGCGUAUGGGGCGCGCGUCGAUCUUCAGCGGUCUGUCGUCUGGGAGGCGGAGGGCCAUGUGUCGCCAAGGACGUCAGGUCCGUUACGGGGUUUGCAGUUGGGUGUCAUGGCAGAAGCAUCUUCGAGUGCGCAACCGAGUCGACAGGACCGUGGUGAUUCUGCCCGAGGUGGCCGACCUGUGCUCUGGCGUUCCAUCAUGUUCUGAAAGAGGCCUGUGGGAAGGGGACGCCGAUGCGGCUGGCUCCAGCGUCACUGCAGGCUUCAGCAGGACCGACGGAGGGAAGUGGCUUACCUGGGGCUUCUUCAAGUUCGCGUCCGGGCAUAUCCCGACACUUCAUGAUAAUAGAAGUGGCGUAGGGGCGCUCCUCCCGCUGGACUCUGAGUCCCCAGCCUCGAUGAUUGUCUCUCUCGCCGCAUCCGCCCUCCGCCCCCUCUGGGUCAACGUCCUCGAGCCCGCCACCGCCUACACCGCCGACGCCCUCUGCGCCUUGGCAGAGCGCGCCGUCGUUAGAGUCCUCUCUGGCAUAACCGCAGGCCGGCUCACCAUCCACACGCCGUCCCGCUCCUACUCCUUCCCCUCCGCUGAUGCUGAUGCGCCCGCCUCUGGGCCGUGCGCGACCCUGACCGUCGCACACCCCCUCUUCUGGCUCCGCCUCGCCCUCAUGGGCGACCUCGGCUUCUCAGAGGCCUACAUGUACAGCGAGGUCCACUGCGACGACCUCAUGCUUCUCUUCGACCUGCUCCUCGCGAACCGCGCCUGCCUCGCCAACCUCGACUCCCUCCUCGCCCGCCUCGGCCGCAUCCCCGCACAGCGCGCCUGCGCCCGCCUCGCCAACUCCCUCCUCGGCUCGCCCCGCAACAUCAGCGCCCACUACGACAUCAGCAACGACAUGUUCGAGGCCUUCCUCUCGCGCGACAUGACCUACUCGUGCGCGAUCUGGCUCGACCUCGAGGACCGCGCCCUGCGUCGCACGCCCUCCGCCGUCAGCGCCAGCACCAGCUCCAGUUCCAGCUCCAGCGCGGAUAGCGACGCCGUCAAGUACACGCAGACACUGGCCGGAGCGGGCGCUGCUGACGCGCAGACGGCGGACGAGGAGCAGCAGGAAGAAGAGUUGCACGAGGCCCAGAUGCGCAAGCUGCUGCGCAUCAUCGAGCUCGCGGAUAUCAGGCCCGGGCAUCGGGUGCUCGAGAUCGGGAGCGGCUGGGGGUCGCUCGCGCUGCUCGUCACGAGCAACGUACCGGGGUCGACGGUCGACACGCUCACGCUGUCCGCGGAGCAGGCCGUGCUGGCGGCCGCGCGUGUGGAUGAGGCGGGCCUCGGGAGGCAGACCUGUGCCGCGUGCGCGGGCGCGAAGGCGGACUUGAAGGCGAAUGGCGCAGGCGCGCAUGGGGCCAGGACCCGCGGCGGUGCGAAGGGCAGCAAUGCUAACGGCGACGUGAAGAGCAGCGUUACUAUUGGCGACGCGAAGAGCAGCAAUGCUAACGGCAGCGCGAAGGGUGCUUGCGGGUGCCGCGAGGCCCGCGUGCGCGUGCACUAUAUGGACUACCGGCGCAUGCCGGCGGAGUGGGCGGGCACGUUUGACCGCGUCGUGAGCGUGGAGAUGGUCGAGGCGGUCGGGCAGGAGUGGCUCGAGUCAAAUGCCGGGCGCGUGCUGAUUCGGGCGAGCGGGCGGCGGCAGACGUAUUGGAAGCAGAUCGAGUGGGCGCUGAAGGGGGGCUCGGGUGCGGGCGUCGUGCAGGGGAUCACGAUCCCAGAGGCGAUCUUCCCUGGGGGCUUCCUCCCGACGCUGACGCUGCUUGUGGAUGCGCUUGCGCGUGGAUCGUGCGGACGGCUCGUCGUCGAGCGCGUGGAGAACAUCGGGCCGCACUACGCGCGCACGCUUCGCGUUUGGCGGGCAAGCUUCGAGCGCGCGUUCGAGGCGGAGAUCGUGCCCGCCCUGCAGACGCGGUACCCGGACACGAUGGGUGAGGGUGUCGAAGGCGCGGAAGAGGCGAUCGAGAUGUUCCGGCGGAAGUGGGUGUACUACUUCUCCUACUGCGAGGCGGGCUUCGCGAGCCGGAGCUUGGGCGAUCACAUUGUGACGUUCACGAGAGAGGGAAACGUGGACUACCAGUACGGUGCGUAUGUGCGCCAGCUGGGCGGGCGGUAUAGCGAGGCGGAGGAGUAG